AUGGCAGGCUCUGCCAAGCCGAGACGAAGGAAGGGCGCCAAGUCGGUCAAGUCGGCCAAACAUGCCAAGUUGGCAAAGCCGUCAAAGUCGGCAAAGCCGUCAAAGUCGCGGAAGAGAACGUCGUCGUCGUCUCACAUGGACUCGUUUCGCUCGCCCUCGCCCGAGUCGGUGACGCAAGUGCGGUCGCACACAAAGCGGCGCAGACGGCGUAGGCGACGCAAGCGCUCGUCGCCCUCCUCGCUUCCCACGCCGCUUGUCUCGUCAUCGUCGUCGUCGUCGCCAUCAUCGUCGUCGUCGUCGCUGGCAGUUGUGCCUCGGAGAGCCGGAAAGACCGGGCGCGGACUUCGGUCGGAAUCGUCUGAGUCGUCAGCAUCAUCGCCGCUGGAAUCUGAGCUGGCAACGUCGCUGGUCUCAAAGCUGGCGUCCGAGCUGGACUCGUCCAACUUGCUUUCAUCGCUCUCGUCAGUAACGGUCUCGUCCGACACGUCGUCGACGAUGCCCGAGUCCUCCGAGUCGGUCUUCUCUCAGCUGAGCGAGCAACUGCCGCCGAGUCACACCGCCCAAGUCUAUGCCCACGUCAACGACGAGUUUGCCAGCAAUCGCUCCCGCUACGACAUUCCGGGCUACCAGCUGCGGUGGUCGUCGUCGUCGCGGUACAAGAUCCUGUGGGACAAGAAGGUCGGGUCUGGCGGCUUUGGCGACGUGUACCUUGCCAAGGACCGCGAGACCGGGAAGAGACUGGUCAUCAAGACUAUCAAGCCCGAGAAGGAGAACCCGUACUUGGUCAAGAACGAAAUCCGCAUGCUCCGCCUCCUCCGCAAGGGCUACCACAUCAUCGACCUCCGCGACACGUUUGUCGACCCGGUCCGCAAGGUCAAGGCCCUCGUCUUUGACUAUGUGGAGAACCCUGACUACCGCCACUCGUUCAAGACCUUUGACGACCUCGACGCGCGCUCCUACCUCUACCAGGCCCUACUCGCUCUCGACUACACCCACUCGCGCGGCAUCAUCCACCGCGACGUCAAAGCCCGCAACAUCCUGUACAACCCGGCGACGUCAAUGUUCCGGCUCAUCGACUGGGGUUUUGGCGCCUUUUACAUCCGUGGCCGCAAGUUCCGCAAGUGGCCCGGCACCCGGCCCUACCGUGCGCCAGAAAUGUUCCACCACUACAAGUACUACGACUACGCCGUCGAUAUGUGGGCCUUUGGCUGUGUCAUGGGCUCGCUCCUCUUUGCCCGCUACCCGCUCUUCCACGCCCGCCACUACGAAGACCGCGACGCUGCAAACGUCGCCCAGCUGGCCGUCAUCGUCAAGUUCCUCGGCAUGCACGACUACCGCAAGUUCCGCGCCCGCUACGGCUUUGACAACGACGAAAAGUACUCGCCCGCGGCUCUCAUUGCCUACGAGCCCGGCAUCAAGCCCACGCGACGCCGCUUCUCCAAGCUUGCCUCGUCGGGCAACCGCCACCUCGCCGUCCCGGACGCCAUCGACCUCCUCUCUUCCAUCCUCGUCUACGAUCCCGAGCACCGCUUCACCGCCGCUGACGCGCUCGCCCAUCCCUACUUUGACCCGGUCCGCGCAAAGUGGGACGCCGUCGUCGCCAAGCACAAUUCCAAGGUCGCCGACGUCGAGACCCUCACGGCCUCAGAGGACUCGGACUCGCAUCUCGCCAUCCGCCCGCUCUCGCUCUCGCACCGCGCACCCUCGGCCGAGCCCGAGCUCGACCCGACCGUCAAGGCAUUCCUCAAGGAGGCCCAGGCCCCGCCGCCGCCGCCGGCCGCCUCGCGCAGCAGCCACCCGCGCUCGCAGACAUCGACCACCCGUCGCCGCCGCCGCCGCCGCCGCCAUACCCACAAGCCAACCGGCCAUCACCGUGCUCGCUCACGCUCGCGCGAUCGCGAGCAGGAACGUGAACGGUCGCGCUCCCGCUCCCGCUCCCGCAUCGGCCGCCUCCCGCCUCCCACCGACCUCCUGCCGCCUGCCUCAUCUAAGCGUGCACGCUCGCUGAAGAGCUCGCGCAAGGGCGAGUCGCGCGCCUCUCGCCCGGCCUCACCGCUCCGCUACCGCUUCCCCUCGCCGUCACCGUACACGCCCGGCGCGCCUGUCGAUGCCCGCCGCCACUCACGCGGGCGCGAUCGUUCGCGCUCCGGCUCGCGCUCGCCGUCGCCCGGCUGGCUCCACCCGCCGCACGCUCCGGGCCCAUCCGCCGCUUGGGCACCGCCGCAUCCGCGCCGGGUCGUCCGCCAGGUCCAGGACCAGCGCCCGCGACACUUUGUCCCACUCGAACCGUAUGCCGAGCGCUCGAGCCUUGCCAACUACCGCCCGCUCACUGCGCUUGACGGCCGCCUCGCCGACCGCCAGCCGCCUCCGCCGCACAUGCCGAUGCGCUCGCUCUCGCGCGGCGCCGUUCCGCUUUACUCCUAAUCGCUCCACUCGCUCUUGUCACCAGCCCAUCGCUCGCCCACAUGCACGCAGAUCGGUCUGCGCCCGCUCCCGCGCAAGCGACGCUCUCAUCAUCGCAACUAUAAACUGCCCAGCAGUGCCCA